AUGCCAUUCAGAGCUCGGAAGAGCAGUCGCACAGCAAAUUCAGCUUCUAGACCACCGCCUAGAUCACUUUCACCCGAUCAAGACGACGACGAGGAAGAAGAAGAACAAGCACGAUUAGAUGACCUAUUCUCACCAGAUUCGCCCACCCUCACACCCACAGACAGCGGAAUUCUACUCACCAAGAACGAGAAAGACACUCUGAUCGUUUUACAUCAGUUAUGCGCUUUCGAACAUGUCUUGAUGGAGUUCUUCGCAGGGUUGGAUGGGCUGAAGAUCGCACCUGUAAGGGGAUCGAAGAUAUUCAAGUUCGAUAGGCCAGAAAUGUUUGAUAAUUCUGAUACAGGGAGACAAGCGAGAAGAAAUGAUGAGAUUGGUGGCUUAGAAGGGAUCAUCGAGAGGAUAACACAUUCCCAAAAAGUUGCCAAGGAUAAUAUCAUACCUGAAGAUUACCUUGAUCGCAUUAGGGAUAACUUUAUCGCAGCUUUGCGAAACCCUUUCCUCCAUCUUCGCGAAUCCAAAGAAGUUCCAGGGCAAGUUGGACUCUUCGUCAAGCCCGCAGAACCACCAUCUCGUAUCGAUGUCCUGACGAGGAAAGGGAAAACACCCAAUAUGGAUGGAAUUCGAUUCGAACUUUUUGCCUUUCCUCGGAAGAUCAAGAAACCCGAAGAGCAUGGUUUUCUGGAUGAUCUGACCUUUGAUUAUAAGCAUAAGAAACCGGGAGAGAAGGAAGGGAAGAAUUAUGUUCUGAUGGGCUUAGGCAUGGCGAGGGUGAUCAAUCAUCACUGCCAGAAUAAAUCGAUCGAAUGGCUGUUUGGCGCCAACGCAUUGAAGUUCGAAAGUGAUUAUAAGAUUGGUAGAAUGAGUUCGAAAUUGGUGGAAAUUCCGAGGAGAACGUUGAAGCCUGGGAUGGAAAUUUUUGGAUACUAUGGUGAUGAAUUUGCUCGACUAGAUUGCAUAUGCAGCUGCACAUGGCUUCACACAUCCACAGAAGCAAAUCAUGCUGCCUUCCCUGGGCCGUCAACCCAUCAGUAUCGUGCUGAUACACCUAUCGAGUAUCCAGCCUCAAGGGCCGACUCGAUGGAUCUAAAUAAUAUUCACUUUGAAGGAUCCUCCCGACUCUCACCUGCCCGCCACUGUCGAACACCCAGCUAUUCAGAUUGGGACAGAGAUCACGCUUUAUCUGAAAACGGAAAGGAUUCUCUUAAGCGGCAAAAGAAGAAGAGAAAGAAGGGGACUACACAGGAAGAGGAAGAUGACGAUGAAGUAGAAUAUGUUACCACCAUGACACCCAGAGAAAGCUCUUCUGCAAGACAGACAAGAUCAUCAACCCAAAAGAAGAAGAAGAAACCACUGCAGAGAGUCGAUAGUGAUACGGAGGAAGAUGAUAUUCCUGGGACUUGGGGUAGAACCAGUGCUCAACGACAAGAAGAGGCUGAUGUAUUUGCCAUUGAUGAUGGUGAAACUAUAGAAAUUCUCGGUGACAAUGUCACUACGAACCCUACGAAAAUGGAGAUAUACGAUCAACUUACUCGGCUGGAUACAAGAUUGGACAAACACAUGCACCUACCGGAGACUCAUGAAGAUCGCUUGAUCACAAUCGUCUCGGAAUUGAUGGAUUCCAGAGAGAAAAUUAGCGAGGAUCGUAAGGAAAUUGAGAGAUGUAGAGUCAAGCAGAGAAUAUUAAUAGAUCGAUUAAGGCGGAAAGACAAAGGGAAGGGUAAGCACUGCGCUCGGGAUCGAGAUGCUUCGGGGAUAUCUGUAGUGGAUCUGGAAGAUAUAAUUAUUGAUGAGGAAGGAGUUGGAAGUGGAAAUAAGGCUAGUUCUUCCAUGUGUAGCUCGCAGUGA